GGCCUAUAACUAGACUGAGGCUGUUUACUUUCAUUACAGUUUCAAUAUUUUCACAUAACUCAGUGUUUUUCAGUCUGUUAACACCUUACUGGGUGACUUUUCCCCCACAUUUUCCAUUAAGUUUAAAUCUUUUAAUACAUUUUUCCACACUAAUUUUUAAAAAGGCCCAAUUGAUGUUAAUCUCUUAUUCUUACUCCCUAAAAACACCAAUAAUCAUAAGAACUAGUUAGUUUGCUAGUUAGUAAGUGUUCUUCUGUUUUAUGUUGCACAUUUGCACCGAAACAAAUUCCUACUCUGUGUAGCUACACAAAAUAUGGCAAUAAAAACCUCUUGAAUCUUGAAUCUAGUAAGGCCACCGUGUUAUGAAGCCGCGCAUGCGCAGCUGUGACCCAGCAGGCGGUCGGCUCAUUCGAAACGGAACUCCCCUUUAACAAGCUUGAACUGAGGCUGCCGGGUUAAAUCUGAUUCGGACCAGUCUCUCGGUUCCGGUGAAGUUUUGUCCACUGCCGGAAUCGACGGGGACCCCGUGAGCUCGGUGGGACUUUGGUUUCCUUCCUCGCCGCCGCCGCCGUCUCACCCGCUGAUGAAGGCUGCUGCUUUCAGGAUGCCGUCUCACCCGCCUGCAGAACCCAGAAUGUUCUGGUUCGUCUGUUUGCGCUGAGCCGUCCUGCAGCCGGACACGGUGAGCAUGCGCCGACCUGCCUGCUGCCGCCGCCGCCAUGGAUGAGUUCAGCACCAGGACGUACGGCACCAGCAGCGGCCUGGACAACCGACCUCUGUUCGGGGAGACCUCAGCGCGGGAUCGGAUCAUUAACUUGGCAGUGGGAGGAGUCACGUUUGUGGUGGUUCUGGUGACUGUGAUCGGCUCCUUCGUGUUCCCCACGCCGCCGCCGCGCCCGCUCAACGUCUUUUUUGCCGUAUGCAUCCUGUUAGCAUGUGGAUCCACGAUAGUUCUGAUAUACUGGUACCGGCAGGGCGACCUGGAGCCCAAAUUCAGGAACCUGAUCUACUACAUGCUGGGGUCCAUUGUGCUGCUGUGUCUCUGUGCCAACCUGUACUUCUUCGACGUCAGUUAAAGCGGCGGAGAAGAAGGCGUGGUCUGGAUGGAUGACGUGCUGACCAGAACACCAGACGCGAACUUUGAAGCUCGGACCAAAAACCAGGAACGCGCAGAAACGUGCAAAGGUCAGAGCAGUUCCGCGAGCGCCAUAAAUCCGCCUGAGGACCAACUGUGACGACACAGGAGAACCUGGGUCACAUCCUGCAACCUCAGGAGGAGGAGGGUGUGAGGAAGCAUCAGAACCAUCUGGUUGCCUUAAAGCAGCAGCAUAUUUACAGUGCAUCUUUGAUCGUUUUGACUCUCGAGGAGCUAAAAAAAAUCCCACCAAAAAACAAACCUCCACAAGGGGGCGCUGCUACGGAGUUGAACAGACAAAACAGGUUUUCCUUCAGUUCAGCAAUAAUGUCAGAAGGUGUUUCUGAGGAGGGCUUGAACCGGCACACAACAGAUGAUGGGAUGGAGAUUUCAGGAGAAGAACAUCAGAGGUCCAGGCUGAGGUUCUACUUCCUGCCUUCAGCUGAAAACCCUAGAAUUCAUUCCAAAGCUGGUUUCCAGGACUCCAACGCUCCGGCCAGAGGUCACGCCCUCACCUGGAAACGGUCGAGUUUGGGCCUUUUUCCCAACCAACCGAACCAGGAACCGGCUCGUUGGUGUGAUCAAGGUCGGAGCUUCAGGUUCAGGUGAUCCCGCUGGGGGGAAGUUUGCCUACUGGUGCUGAUGUUCUAGAUCAUCCCGACUGUUACACAACAAUCUAGAACGGACUCAAUUCUCAUUGUUCUGCAGGGGAGACUCAUUCCAGGAAUCUGGAACUUUUCCACCAUCAAAACCAAAUCUAGAAGUUCUGGAUUUUUGGUUGAUAGAAAGUUUCCAGUCAAAGUUCAUGUCAUGCCCCCCCCCCAGCUGUUUCCUCUGUUCACUGCCAAUAAAAACCGGAUCUGCCUGAACCAGGAGAGAACCGGUUCCUGAUUCAGCUUCUAUCAGCAAGACAACGUUCCAAGAUGCCAAGCAAUAAAAGAAUCUGUUUGUUCUAAAGUCAGCGCUGUGAGGAAGACGCAGGAUUUUUUUUUUUUGUUGUAGUUCACAGACGAGCUAAAGUCUUUGAGAUUGAACAAUCUUCUAUUUUUAAUUUAAAUGAAAAGUUUUAUGGAAAUAAAUUACUGAAGAAUCGA